AAACUUGGACCCAGUUAAACCAACCCUAAACCUUUGAUUUUUAAUGGUGACUAUGUAUGUAACUCUGAGACUCCCUCGCUGGCCCUAUUUCGUGAAAACCUUCACCCUCACUCGAUUCACGUUCCCUUUUGUUGAGUUACAGUUACAGGGGAAGGGAACGGUGACUGGUAGUGGUAGGGUUUUUCAAUCCUUUUCUGCUAAAGCUAUGCCUUGGUGGGAAGGUGUUCAGGAACCCAGGGUUCUCGUUGCACCCGAUCCUGGUACAAAUGGAAAUGGUUUGGGACGUAUGAUAUUGCUCCGUCAUCCCAAAUCUGGAAAUGCGACGCAAUAUCUCUUUGUAAAUGGGGUGCUUCAAGAACUUCAAUGGUUUAAGAACUUAUAUGGAUCUUGGUUCUUGGGAGAUUAUAUAAGCGAAGAUGGUCGUCUGUAUUUAUCCACGCCAGUUGAUCCUGUUUUCAUCAUGUUGCCAAUAUUUGAUGAAGCCAGAAUGAAGAAAGGGGGUGAUCUUGGGAAGUUCAGGCAAUUGGAUGAGAUCUUGUUUAUUGAUGGGUAUCCUGGAUAUCAGCAGUUAAUGUCCGUUGUGGAGAACUGUAUGCAAGUAGUUUGUGACGUCAAAGAAGUUGGAUCCUUAAAAUUCUUUAGGCUUGAUGAUUCAAAGGUUCUACGUUGGCUGUGCUAUAAGGUUUGUCAGCUAAAACAGACACUACCCACAUUGGACAAAAACUAUGCUGUUCAAUCAGAGAAAGACGCAUUGGUUGAUGCAGUGUCUAUAUUAGGAGAGUAUUUGAAGGAAGAGCCUUGGUUGCAGUUUUUAUGUAACCAUCUUAAGUUAAAUAUACUUGAGGUUACUGGAAAAGCACAAGUAAAUGGUGAAGGAAGUAACUCAGUUUUAUAUAAUGAACUUCAGGAACAGAAUGAUGAUAAAAAGGUUACAAUUGCCAAGAAAGGUAGACAAGCAAAGAAGGUAAAAUUGGAGACAGAAUCACAUAACAUAAAAGAAAUGUUUUCGAGGGCUUCCCGAAAAAAAAGCUAAAAUAUUCCCUUCCCAUUAGUGGGAAAGGGUCAUUGUCAUAUUGUAUCGUUUUCUAGACCUGCGAGUAGUGGAUAAGCAUUGGGUCGCAUAGCGUGGUUUGUACCGUCGACAUUUUAUUAUUAUUUAUUAUCAAUUUAUCUUUCACAUGCAGUAUAUCUUAUCGAAUUUAAUAUCCAUAACUUUUGAG